AACUACAGAAAAAUUUUGUAAUUUUUGAAUAAUAAUAAUUUUGUUUAAACAAUUUCAUUAAAAGAGAUCAAAUGGAGAAGGGAAUAUUUCAUGUUUGCGUUGGGGCUAAUCGGAAAGAGUAUCUUUUCCUGGCUUCCGUAAAUCUGUCAGACAACUUCACUGAAAUCCCCAAAUCAGCAAGCGAUCCGAUCAUCUGAAAAUGGCCGGAAGGUUGAGCCAAGCGGCGGCGCACAUCAUGGGCGGCCGAGGCGUCGUCGCGCGCUCCGUCGCCUCUUCUCUUCGUGCUCGCUCCGGCAUGGGCCUCCCCGUCGGCAAGCACAUCGUUCCGGAUAAACCACUCCCAGUGAAUGAUGAGCUCGUGUGGGACAAUGGGACUCCAUUCCCCGAACCUUGUAUCGAUCGUAUUGCUGAUACCGUAGGAAAGUAUGAAGCAUUGGCUUGGUUGUGCGGGGGAUUGGGAUUUUUUGCUUCCCUUGGACUGUUGGCCGUCUGGAACGACAAGGCUUCCUCAAUUCCAUUUACGCCAAAGGUCUACCCGUAUGACAACCUGAGAGUGGAGCUCGGAGGAGAGCCUUAGGUGUCCAAGUAAGUGGCAGUGUGUGAGGUUUAUGUGUGUACCUUUUCUCUUGUUCUUGAAGUUUGAAUAAUAGAAGUCUGGAAACAGAAUUCUGUGCUUUAUUGAACAUCCUAAAUGAAAUACUGUACUUUGGUGUUUCAUCUAGCAAGCAGCUCUAUGUUACCCUGCCUGCCAAGCAUGGGCUCUCUCUAUUUUUAUCACAGUUUUUUUUACCAUCUCAGAUUUUCAUUUUAGGUCGUAAUUAUUCUUUUUU